AUGGCUCCCAAACCUGCGUCCACUGCCGGAAAGGCUCCUGCAUCCACCGCGUCCAAGGCUCCUGCGAAGACAACCGCAGAGGGUGCGAAGGGUGCGAAGAAGACUUCGAAGCCUGCACCUGCCGCUGGUGAGGAGACGAAGAAGAGGAGGCGAAAAGGUCGCAAGGAGACGUAUUCGUCUUACAUCUACAAGGUGCUCAAGCAGGUGCACCCUGACACUGGUAUUUCAAACAAGGCAAUGGCUAUUCUCAACUCGUUUGUGAACGAUAUCUUUGAGCGUAUCGCCACCGAGGCCUCUAAGCUCGCAUCAUACUCGAAGAAGUCGACUAUCUCCUCUCGUGAGAUUCAAACGGCUGUGCGACUCAUCCUGCCCGGUGAACUUGCCAAGCACGCUAUCUCUGAGGGCACCAAGUCCGUCACCAAGUUCUCGAGUGCGGGAGCCAAGUAA